CACGCUACACCAGUAGGAAUCGCGGGAGACGCUCGUCGUCCUCAGUCCUCACCGUCGUAACCGUCUUCGGACCUCCCACGCCAACGCGCUCGUCGUAGCCAGUAGCCCCACCAACACGUGCGGGUGCGGCACACCACGUAGGAGCUUCCUUUAAAACCUCGUCGGAUGGCUGGGCUCCCGCCGCAACCCCAGCACGUCCACGCCCUCCCCCUCCUCCUCCUCGUCGUCCUCCCCUGCCUCAUCCCCUGUCUCCGCGCGACGACCGAGAUGGCGCCAACCGCCGCCACCGCCGGCGCAUCCGACGAGGGCGCCAGCGCGCUGCUCGGGCUCCUGCAGCGGGUGCAGUCGGAGGCGCUGCGCACGCUGGGGCCUCACGACUUCGACCCCAAGUUCUACGUCGACCUGCCGCUGGCGACCGACGAGCGCGCCGCGGCGGCCGCCCUUGCGGCGCUGCCGCGCCCGUCGCCGUCGCGGGCGGAGCUAGACGACUUCCUGUCCCGCUACUUCGGGGACCCCGGGUCCGAUCUCGUGGCGGACGUCCCACCGGAUUUCGAGCCCGAGCCGCGCGGGUUCCUGCCCCACGUCCACAGCCCCGAGGCGCGGGCGUGGGCGCUGGAGGUGCACGCGCUGUGGAAGCGCCUGGCGCGGCGGGUGGCGCCCGACGUCGCGGCGCGGCCGGACCGGCACACGCUGAUGCCGCUGCCCGGCAGGGCCGUCGUGCCGGGAUCCAGGUUCCGGGAGGUAUACUACUGGGACUCCUAUUGGGUCAUCAGAGGAUUGCUGGUGAGCAAAAUGUACGACACGGCAAAGACUAUUGUGCUUAACCUUGUAUACCUGUUGGAAAAAUAUGGUUUCGUUCCAAAUGGUGCAAGAUCCUACUACACUAACCGAAGCCAACCACCACUUUUGAGCUCCAUGGUUUUAGAAAUAUACAGGGCAACUGGUGAUGUGGAGUUUGUUAGGACAGUAUUCCACUCUCUGCUUAAAGAGCAUAGCUUCUGGAUGUCAGAGAUUCAUAAUGUUGCUAUAGCAGACAAUCAUGGUCGGGUCCAUAAUUUAUCUCGGUAUCAGGCCAGGUGGAACAAACCUAGGCCUGAAAGUGCGACAAUUGAUGAGGAACUGGCUUCGAAGUUGAAUUCUAUGGCAGCUAAGGAAAAACUGUACUGCGAAAUUGCUUCAACGGCAGAAUCGGGAUGGGAUUUCAGCUCUCGAUGGAUGAGGAAUUCUACUGACAUGACAACAUUGGCAACCACUUACAUAAUACCUGUGGACUUGAACACAUUUCUUUUUAAGAUGGAGCUGGAUAUUGGUGCCUUGGCUAAAGUCGUAGGAGAUAAUGCGACUUCAGAAUUUUUUUUAAAUGCUUCGAAAGCACGUCAUAUUGCAAUUGACUCUAUUUUGUGGAACUCUGAGAUGGAACAGUGGCUUGACUAUUGGCUUCCUGGUGAUGCAGACUGUCAGGAAGUACACGAAUGGAAGCCUAACUCACAGAACCGCAACAUAUUUGCUUCCAACUUCGUUCCGCUGUGGCUAAAUGCAUACCAUUCCGAAUUCGUACGCUUUGCUGAUGAGGCAAAAUCAAACAGAGUCAUGGCGAGCCUCAAGGCAUCUGGAUUACUUCAUGCCGCAGGGAUAGCAACUUCCCUGACAAACACGAGCCAACAAUGGGAUUUCCCGAAUGGAUGGGCCCCACUGCAGCAUCUUAUAGCUGAGGGGCUGCUGCAUUCUGGAUCAGAGGCCAAAAAACUAGCUGAGGACAUUGCUACGAGGUGGGUGAGAACGAACUACGCCGCUUACAAAGCAACGGGUGCGAUGCAUGAGAAGUACGAUGUUGAGGCUUGUGGAGAAUCUGGAGGCGGUGGAGAAUACAAGCCCCAGACUGGUUUUGGCUGGUCCAAUGGCGUGGUGUUGUCAUUCUUGGAAGAAUUCGGGUGGCCAGAGGGCAAGGAAAUAGCUUGUUGAGCGGCGAAGCGCUCACGACAGGGUGGAUCUGGUCUUGCCGGAGAGCAAUCUGGUUAGGCAUCGUUCAUGUCACACAUGUCUAGCUACGAGAGUGGCGCAUUGCCUUCUGCAGUUCGUCAAGUGCGUUUGUGUGUUCUUGUUUGCUUUUAGUUGCGACUAGGCUGUAGAUCCUUCUUGUAUCACAACAAUAUAUGUACUGCUACUGUACCGGCCCCGGCCUCUUGUUUAAUCUGAAAUGCUCAUUGUAUAUCCUCUUACGAAACGCAAACACGUGCUUUGGCACGUUCGUCGUCGAAAAGAGAAGAGAAUAUACCAUUUUGCUCUCUUGAAUAC